AUGAACCGAGAAAACCUCACCGGGGUCUGGGAGGCACCUGCUGAGUUCAUCCUCCUGGGCAUCACAGAUCGCUGGGACCUGCGUGUGACCCUCUUCCUGAUCUUCCUGCCCAUCUACCUGGUGAGCCUGCUGGGUAACGUGGGCAUGGUGCUGCUGAUCUGUGUGGAUGCCCGGCUCCACUCGCCUAUGUACUUCUUCCUGGCCAACGUCUCCCUGCUGGACGCCUGCUAUUCCUCAGCCAUCAGCCCCAAGAUGCUAGUGGACCUGCUGCUGCCCUGUGCCACCAUCCCUUACGCAGCCUGUGCCCUGCAGAUGUUUGUCUUUGCAGGGCUGGCUGACGCCGAGUGUUGUCUGUUGGCAGCCAUGGCCUAUGACCGCUACGUGGCUAUUGGAAACCCGCUUCUCUAUACAACAGCCAUGUCCCGGCGUCUGUGCCUGGCCUUGCUGGGGGCAUCAUGCCUGGGUGGAGCAGUAAGCGCCUUUGUCCACACAGCCUUCACCUUCCGCCUGAGCUUCUGCCACUCCCGGGAGAUCAAUAGCUUCUUCUGCGACAUCCCUCCACUGCUGGCCAUCUCGUGCAAUGACAUCCUCCUCUUUGCUGUCUGUGGCUUCAUCCAGACAGCCACCAUGUUGGCUAUUGCCGUGUCUUAUGGCUUCAUUGCUGGGGCUGUGAUCCGCAUGCGCUCGGCCGAGGGCCGCCAGCGAGCAGCCUCCACCUGUGGCUCCCACCUCACGGCUGUGGCCAUGCUAUAUGGGACACUCAUUUUCAUGUACUUGCGUCCCAGCUCCAGCUAUGCCCUGGACACUGACAAGAUGGCCUCUGUGUUCUACACCCUUGUCAUCCCGGCUCUCAACCCGCUCAUCUACAGCCUCCGCAACAAGGAAGUCAAGGAGGCCCUCAGGCGGACCUGGAGUCGAUUCUGCCACCCAGAGCAGGGACACCAGUGA